AUGAAGGCACAAAUCCGCAGCAUUCGCCUAAAUGUGGAGCGUUUCCGGGUUCAAUUACCUUUACCCCUUUGCAUAAACGUUUCGGUUCCUUUGUCUAUAUCAAAUGCACCAGAAUGGGCUGGCUUUAGGCCUACCAACCUGCUGUUUCCCCCUACGUGCUCCUCACUCCACUUCAUCGCAGCGCGGGGGCUCGCUACUUCGGGAACACUGCCGAAUUCUUCGCAGCAGAGGGAAAGCUGUGCAGCUAGCGGGGAUCAGAGUCACCCCCUCGAAACGGAUGAGCCAUAUAAAUGUAUAGGCGACGACAAUGUGCUAUCGGAUAUCCGUGUUGCAUCGGACAAAGACGAAGAAGGAGAAGAAACAGACAUAGAAGAUGAUGCCGAAUUGGAAGAUAUCUGCGCUGGAGAUCUUAGCGAUUGUCCUCCCGCUCUUAAGGAGUUUGUCUUCACAAACCCGCAUCCCUUUCCUUUCACAGCCGACCCUGAAGACUUAGAGCCCCAGCAAGUCAAGGAUGUUGUAAAGACGCUUCUCAGCAUGCGCAACUGCAGCACUGCAGCAGCCGUAGCAGGAGCAGCACCCGCAGCACCAGAAGGAACAGCAGCAGCAGCAUCAGAAGCAGCGACGCCAACAGGAGCAGCAACACCAGCGAAGCCAACGGCAGAAGGAAGAGAAGGAGUGUAUUCGGAACCUUCUCGCUGGUGUUCUGAGCCGGAUAUGGCGCUGAAUGAGGAGGGAGAGACAAAGUGGCUACAGUACCCCGAGCCCAAUGUCCUGUGGCCGAACCCUCUUUUGCAUAACCACCGCCUCCAGCCCUUCACCUGCACUGUGCCUGCAGAAGGAAAAGGUGGAGCAGCAGCAGAGGGAACAGCAGAAUCUGCUGCUGCUGCACCUGCUGCUGUGGGAGGGGGUCCGUCGCGUUUGAAUGAACUUCAGCUGCGGGUGAAUCGUCUCCGUCUUGAAGAGCUCUGGAAGUACUCUGGUGUGUAUGGAACGUCGUGGGACGAACUCGAUGAGGUGUACGUGCAGUUCAGACAGCAGCAGCAGCAGCGGCAGCAGCAAUGGGAUACCCGCAAGCAACAAAUACUGGAGUAUGCUGGCGUUGUCUGUGCUCGGCGACUGCGUGCUAAACGCCAAGAGUAUCUCAAAGAAGUUGGCGUUAAAAUAGAAGACUUGCAACCAGACACAGUUGAACAGAUCUUAGUUCCUCGCUCGCUCUUCAGAAGAAUGACGCGAAGGCUGUACUACAAGUGGCACGACACCUACUUUGCCCCCUGGCGGCCUGGGGGCCUCCAGUCCGUCUUAAAAGCCCACGUUACCCUUCGGAUGCUGCUGCGCGAGACGAAUGAGCGGCAGCUGCACUUAAAAGAUGAUGCUGCAGCUGCCUCGUUGCGUCCUAGUGGAGCUGCUGCUGGGAGGCACACAGCCAAGCGCACCGCAAGGGACAACACCACAGCAGGGGCAACAACAACCAAUCAGCAAGCGCAGCUGCAACAGCAACUCGAACGUAUCCUCAGACGCAGAUACAGCAGACAGCCCAUAGGCAGCAAAAUGCCAGAUCAGCAAAGGGAGGUUCCCAAGGGAGAUGCCUCCAAAGGGAGGGACAGAGAAGCCCAUGGGGCCUUUUUGCAUGCAGACGAAUCUAUGCAUGCAACGGCAGAGCCGCUGCAUGCAACACCUGCAGUAGAGAGCAGCGCUGAGGUAGCAAAGAAGGAGGAGGGCGUCUGGGACUUCACGGGGGUCCGCCGUCGCAACAAACCAACGAACAGACAAGUGGAAGCUGGGAACCCUGAAUAA